AUGGCCGCGACGUCAUUAGCAAGUCGAUUCGCACGACCGACCCUUCCCUUCAAGUCGCCGUACGUCAUUGAGCUCCUUGAUGGGAGCAUCGAUGCAACGACCGAGAGCGUGCGGCUCAUCUUCGAGUCCAUGGAGGGCACCCUUCGAGGCGCACUCGACUCGAACGUGCUCGACGAGUGCAAGAAAAUACAAGUGGCGGUCGACAUCGCACGUGGCCUCGCGUACGUGCACGGCCAAUCGCUCGUCCACUGCAACCUCAAGCCCGGAAACGUCUUUGUUGAUCAUUCCGGCCGCGCCAAGCUCGCCGACUUUGACUUGUGUUGCGACCCAAAGCACGUGCGCAAGACCAUUGGCACAGCGCAGUACAUGGCACCCGAGCUCACGGCGUUCGAAAGCACGAACGAGGCGUCCUUUCCCGUCGAUGUCUACGCCUUUGGCGUUCUCCUCACCGAGCUGAAUACGGGCGACGUGCCGUACAGUGACGGCGACUACGUGAGCCAAUUUGCGCUCUGGAAAGACGUCCAGGGUGGUCGUCGGCCUGCACUGCGAGACGACUGCCCCGCGUGGUAUCGGGACCUCGCGAUCGCGUGCAUGGCCGCCGAGCCAAACGCUCGCCCUACUGUGGCCGAGAUCAUUCACCGUCUGGAGCGUCAGUUGCUUUAG